AUGUUUAAGUAUCUUUUAAUACUGGUUAAUUUAGGAGCAAAUACUGUUGAUAAAGAAUCAAACAAUAUGAAAGAAAAUGAUAGUCAAAUGAUAAAUAUUUCUCAAUUUGGAAAGAAAGUUAAUAUCGGUCAAAAUGGAUUGUUUUUAAGUGCAAUUCCAACUGUGGAUUCUAAAAUAACAUUUCAAAAUAAACAACAAGCUUCAACUUUUGAAAUAUCACAACAUUCAAACAAACAACACAUGAUUAAGUUAUAUGAUACUGAUAAAGUGAUAGAAAAGAGUCUUUCUAAACCAGAUGUAAUUCAAAUUAAUACUGUAAAAGCCAUUGAUAAUCAACUAAUGAUGCUAGAAUUGGAUAAUGGGAAGUAUAAAAUUAAAAUAAAAUAUGAUACUAUUGAAGUAUGUUUGACAAAUAAGGAUAAUGUACUUGUUGCAGAGCCUUGUACGGAUAAUAAUACUCAGAGAUUUGAUAUUAUAGCUGAUAACUUACCACCAGAUAAUAUAAACGAAGACUUUGCAAAAAUAUUAAAGGAUGAUUUUUACUUACAAGUUGAUAAUAUUCCAGUUACUAAAUUAGGAAAUAUUUUAUCUUUUGGUUUAGAAUCCGAACCAAUUAAAUUUACAUCAGAAAAAGUUAAUGAUUUUUAUAGAUUAAAAACAAGAAGUGGUAAAUAUUUAGACAUAAACAAUAAUAAUAUUACAAUUAAUACUAGUGAUAAUAAAAAUACAAAUUUAUUUCGUAUCAAAUCUAUUCCAGGUAAUAGAGCAUUUAUUAUAGAAAUAGUAAAUGGAAAGUGUUUAUCAAAAGAUUUAGAUAAUAAAAUCGUAUUAUCUGAAUGUGGGGAUGAGAAGAUGAAACAAGAUUUUAAUUUUACAGUUGAGUCAAAAAUGCCCGAAAGAUUUUAUAUAUUAGAACUUACUACAUACAAAUUUUUUAGUGAUGAACCAGGAGAGUUAGUUUUUAAAGAUAAUGUUGAUAAAGCAAACAAAUUUGAAUUAAUUCAAUCAGAUAAUGAUAAUGAAUAUUUAGUUGGUAUAUUAGGAAAUAAAAACAUGAAAUAUUUAAAUAGACAAGAAGGGAAGUUGAUAAUUAAUAACAUGCCAGAUUCAACGUGGAUAGUUGGAGGUAAUAAACAAACUAUAAGCCUAAGUGAUCCUAAUAAUAGUGUUAGACUUACUCAAAAAGAAAUAGAUGGUAAACUGGUUUUAGAAUUAGGAAAAUCAGAAUCUGAUAUGAAAGGACAAUUGUUUAGAAAAGCUAAAGACCCUACCGAAUUAAUGGCAAAUAAUGCAUCAAAAUUAUUAAAUAAAACCAAAGAAGUUACAAUUAAUGAUGCAAUAAAAGAAGGAGAGAAUAAAUUAAAGUCAGAUAAAACGGGUAAUAAUUCAAUAUAA